UGUACGGUUUUCAUCAUGUCUGGUAAUCAUUCAAGAUGAUGAGAAGAAAACUGACCCGGAGUAACGAUAUUCCUGAUAAUAUAGGUAUUAGGGAGUGAUGUAGCCAAACAAAUGUUUUAGGUGGGUAGAUCCAGUUUCAUUCUGUGGAUUAAGAUUACAAACUGACGUGAUGGGGAAUUGUUUACGGCGAGACAACACAAGCAAUGUCCCUGGUACUCAGACGACUCCCCAGCACAAGGCUGCACAGGAACUGUCAAAUGGGACCCCCACUGUCCCCAUCCCUGUUGCAUUGUCCACCCCGCCCCCAUCUACAAGCCCUAUAGUGUCUAUAUCAUCCACCCCACAGGCGGAGCCAUCGAGUGAAACCACCCCGACCACCACCAAAGUGUUCGUAGCAUUGUAUGACUACGAUGCUAGGACUGCGGAGGACCUCAGCUUCCGGAAAGGAGAACAUUUAGAAAUUAUUAACGAUACACAGGGUGACUGGUGGUAUGCUCGAUCAAAAACUACACAAAACGAGGGAUAUAUCCCUUCUAAUUAUGUGGCUAAGUUGAAGAGUUUGGAAUCAGAACCUUGGUAUUUCGGAAAGAUUAAACGUGUUGAAGCUGAGAAAAAAUUACUUUCGAUAGAAAAUGAACAUGGUGCUUUCUUAAUAAGAGACAGUGAAAGUCGUAGAAAUGAUUAUUCCUUAUCAGUACGUGAUGGAGACACUGUCAAGCACUAUAGAAUAAGACAAUUGGAUGAAGGUGGUUUCUUCAUUGCAAGACGAGUUACAUUUAGAACAUUAUCAGAUCUCACAGAUCACUAUAGUUCAGACCCUGAUGGAUUGUGUGUGAACCUUCGUAAACCCUGUACUCAGAUUGAGAAGCCCCAGACUGUAGGGCUUUCCUACAACACAAACGACCAAUGGGAAAUUCCAAAGUCAUCCCUGAAACUCAUCCGCAAAAUCGGACAUGGCCAGUUUGGGGAGGUAUGGGAGGGACUCUGGAACAAUACCACACCUGUUGCCAUCAAGACCCUCAAACCAGGUACAAUGGACCCGAAGGACUUCCUGGCCGAGGCCCAGAUCAUGAAGAAGCUACGACACCAGAAGCUGAUCCAGUUGUAUGCUGUGUGUACCCAGGAUGAACCCAUCUAUAUUGUCACAGAGUUGAUGAGACAUGGCAGUCUGCUCGAGUACCUUCAAGGAAAGGGGAGGAGUCUGAAGCUACCACAACUGAUAGACGUGGCGGCCCAGAUAGCCAGUGGUAUGGCCUACCUGGAGUCUCAGAACUACAUACAUCGUGACUUGGCUGCAAGAAAUAUCCUCGUCGGCGAGGCCAACAAUGUCAAAAUAGCAGACUUUGGAUUGGCAAGGGUUAUCAAGGAGGAUGAAUACGAGGCCAGAGUGGGCGCCCGAUUCCCCAUCAAAUGGACGGCUCCCGAGGCUGCCAACUACAACAGAUUCACCAUCAAGUCUGACGUCUGGUCCUUUGGCAUUCUACUCACCGAAAUUGUCACCUAUGGCAGAAUACCAUAUCCAGGUAUGACAAAUGCUGAAGUACUGCACCAGGUGGAACAUGGCUACCGUAUGCCCAAUCCUCCAGGUUGUCCCAAGCCUCUGUACGAGAUCAUGCUGGAGUGUUGGAGGAAAGAAGAAAUGGAGCGACCCACAUUUGAGACGCUGCAAUGGAAGCUAGAGGAAUAUUUCGCCAAUGAGGGCACUGAUUACCGUGAGGCUGGUGCUGUCAGAUAAAACAAGGGAGAUAACUCUAGUGUAUACGUAUAUACAGGAUAUAAACACUGCCUUGCUGUCACAGGAAGCAUGUCUGGCUGUACCUGGACUGGACAGUUGACUGCACUGGACUCCAGUCCAGUGUAGCCAGCUACGUCACAAUGAUUGCUGUUUUUAAGGAAGACAGAAUCCAUCUUGUUCUCCAGGAGUGAUUUUUAAAAAGUUUUACAAAACAAGUAUUUUAUUUAUUUAUUUUAAAAUUGAAGAUGUGUUUUUCUCAAACUGUCAUGAACGGAAAUGUAAUUGGAUGUAUUUUUACACCUAGACUUGUUGGAGAUGUACUGUUAAAUGCUUUGCUGUGUAUUGGGAGGUAAAAGUACAAACGGCCAGUCAUUAUAUCUGCCAUGCUUUUUGUUGGUAUGGUUCAAUGUAUGCCUCCAGAGAAAUGGAAAUACUGGGCUGUUUAAGUUUUAUAUGCAGUCCAAACAGUUGGACCAGAGUUGUUCGCUUAUGAAAUAAGGACAGACCUGGUGAUAUUUUGCUGUUUUCAGACGAGCCUUGACGAAAUCUUUCAAGGCAUGCAUUAAUAUCUGCAGGUCCGUCAAGAUAUAUGCCUGGAAUAUUACAUAUAAAAACAGACAAACUGGUUUGUUCGCAGGCCCCUGGUAGACGUGGAUAUCAGUGACUACUGCAGUGAACAUUACGGAUUAAUAAAUGUCACAAAAAUCACUAAACAUCCAAUGGUACUUUGGCCCAGCAAAUAUCUGUUCUGGAUUACACAUUUGUAGACAAAAAUUAGUUUUUGAGUGUUCAUUGUUUCUCAAUUCACAUCAGUAGUAAAUACUUUCCUGCUUGUAACACUUCUUCUGAAUUAAAUGUAGAAAAACGUGCUUUGAAUCUGAAAAGAAAACAACAUAUUUAAUAUUCAAUGAACUAACAACAUGCUUUUACAUGCUUUGUUUACAAUUAGGAAUGGUUGUAGCUUUGAUGCCCUGAGUAUUCUCUAUAGAUCCUCAUAUACUAAGGGAUAAAACUCCCUAUACAUUAGACCAUAACUUGUCCAUAAGUUCAACGAGUUGUGUUGUUUAAGUACAGUAUGUUUGAAGACAGUACACUUAUUCCGAGUCCUGAAGUGUCCUGAUUGGUUGAAGUUAGAUAUACCGGUUAUUCAAAUUUACUAGUCACUGUCUAGAAUUACAAUUUCAUAUUUCAAAGGUGAAAUGAAUAUCCUUGGGUUUUCAAGAAAUGAUAUGUAGUAUUUAAAUACAUUUUACUCUAAGAAGUUGAACUGUGAUUUGUCACUAAAUUUAUAUUUUAGCCAAUGUAUAAUUGUGGAUGAAAUUGUCAAUUUACAAAUAUAUUGCAGCUAUGCUAUGAUUAAGGAGAAAUUUAUUUUUCUUUUAUAAUUUAUUUACAAUUUGCCAGGGAGUUAAGUAAAAGGCACUUUGUUAGAAUCAUAAAACAAAUUGUAAUGUCAAGGAGUAAGUUUAGAUAUGAGUUAUUCAUUGUAAUUGAUCGCUUCUAUACAUUUGACCAGGUAGCUGAAACAGUUACCAUGGAGUGGUAGAGCUAGCCUCUUUGAUGUGUCUUCACUGGUUGGCUUUCACAAACGUGUAUUUAUUCAGUGCUAAAUUUUUAUAUUGAUAUAAAUGGAUUGUCACUGCUUUGUCUGUGUGUUCAUGUACAAUAGUUAAUGUUAUGUUCACUUCAUAGCUUAAGGCUACUUUAGUGUGCCCGGUUGAUGGCUAGUUUUCAAAAUUUUUACUCAAAGGAAGGUUGUUUUUCAUCUAUAUUUUAGAAAAUGAUACAUGUUUGUCACAGAUAAGUUCCAUUUUCAUUGGAGUUUUAUAGGAGCAGCUUAGUUCUGGCUAUUUUACAAUGCCUUGUGUAUGCACACAAUGAGUUAAUAUGAAGUGUCUGGAUAGGAAUAUAAAGGGAAAUAUUUAAGUAAUAUAAUAAUUUGGUAGAUGUAAUUAUCAGAAUGCAGACUUAUCCUGAUUAUCAGCAGCCACACAUUAUUGUAGGACAUCUCAUAAUUUAACAAUUUCAUUAAUGAUCAUUCUAGUACAUGUAUAUCAUAAACAAUGUGUAUGUCAAUAUUAAUUCCUUUUGGACCAAAGGCUAUAUGUAAUGUCAGUACUACUGUACAAGAGGUUUGAGUGGCAGGGCAUUGCCACCUCUCCAUGGUUACAUCGGUGGCACAGUAUUGUACAACGUAAUACCAGAUAUGUGGAUUGCUGUACAUUGCCAUGUCUCCAUGGUUACCUAGGUUCACAGUAUUGUAGUGUAACACCAGAUGUUGGGUGGCAGUACUCUGACAUGUCUCCAUAGUAACCAUGUGAUUUGGUUGCCUAGGAGACACAGUAUUGUAGUGUAUAACACAAGUUUUAUAUUUGUAUUUUUCUUCAAACAUAACAUUGCACUUAUUUUUAUCGACCCAUUACAAUACAUUUCUAUAUUGGUGUCUGCUUCAGCUUGGUUGUAAUAAUGUUGUAAACAGCUAAUGAAAAUGCAAUCUUUACAGCAUAUGUGUUUAGACGAAGUCGCCUUUAAUGUUUAAAACAUUUUCAUAAUGUCAGCUGUGUCCCCAUGAGCCUUCAUGGUAUGGUAACCAGAUCCUGUUACCAUGGUGAUGUACAUAUUACAAAUAUUAUUUUUGCCAUCUGUGUAUCAUAACAUGUAAGACAGUUUUCCUGGAACCGAUGAUCAUAUACAUAAGAUUUGGGAGAAGAGAGUCAGUUGUGUGCCGUAUGUAACGACUGGUGGAGCUAGUGAUGGCCGGGUUAAAAAGUGUCCUGAGACAAAGAUGAAAUUUUGAAAUGUAAUUUGUUGAGGUGGAAAGUGACUGGGUAGAUAUGGACAUGAUGCUAGGUGGAUUAAGACCUGCUGGUAGGAUUUGUGGCCUGUCACUAGGAGGAUAUGGUUCUGUUGCUAGGUAGGACCUGUUAUAAAUAAUUCAUAUAUAAGGUUGGUAGGAAUGUGUUGCUAGGUAGAUAUUUACCUGUUGCUAGGAGGAUACAGACCUUUGUUAGGUUGAUAGGAACCAGUUGCUAGAUGGAUAUUAUAACCUGUCAUAAGGUGGACGUGCACCUGUUGCUAGAUAUAAUAUAUGGACCUGUUGAAAGGAAGUUAUGGAAAGUUUUGUGGAAUGUGUGAUUGCAACUGCAAGUAUGACAUGCUGGCAAUUAAUUCAUUUGUGUGGCAAUGUGUUGGCAUGAAAUUAAUAUAUGGGACGGUGAUGUUUGUGGGUAAGAGAGAUUGAUAAGUGUGUGGGCAGGAGAGGGUGAUGUGUGUGGGCAGGAGAGGGUGAUGUGUGUGGGCAGGAGAGGGUGAUCUGUGUGGGUAGGAGAGGUUAUGAAGUGUGCAGGAGAGGGUGAUAAGUGUGAGGUAGAAAAAAGGAGGGUAUGAGUGUGUGUAAAUAUAAGAAUGUGAGAGGAUGAUAAUGUAUAUAACAUUGUGAGGACAUGAGAGUGGCAGUGGUAUAGGAGGGUGACAAUUAGUGGGUUAUGAGAGGGUAAAUAUGAGUGGCUAGGAGAGGGUUUCACUAUUUCAUUCAUAAAGCUGUAAUUAUCAUGCCAUUGAAAUAUCUCUUCACUUUGUUUUUUCCACCACAAUUUUUUGCAGCAACACCCAUUUGCCAACAUUUUCAUGUCAGCUGACCAAUCAUAUCGCUCAUAAUAAUUUUACCGAGAAUUGUAUUUGUUAUCAAGCUUUGAGUCCUGAUCAUAGGGUGCUUCACAGACAAAGGCGUGCAAUUCUGACAUAGAUUAUAUACACAAUUUACCUAGUGCAUCAGUACAACUGAUUACAUGGGAUUCGAUGAGGUUAUCGUUGUGAUUUGUUUGUUGUUUUCCAGUACAUGUAAAACAAUUUUUAUGCAAAAAGGAUAUGUCAAUAAGUCUACAGCAGCCAGUAAGGUUUAUUGGUUUUAAAGUAAUUACUAAUCGUUUGUAGCAAGGUUUUUUUUUAUAUGGGUUGUCUAAAUGAUUUUUUAUUUUCUAGUUGAAUGGCUUUACUAAAAUACUGCAUUAGUAUUAGCAAUUCAUUUCCUAAAGAAGGCCAGCUUUUGAUACAUGUAGCUAGUGGUUUUCAAAAUGAAUUUUUGUAAAUAAAUUUUCCACAAUGAUUCGGCCAAAAUAUGUAUAUGGUGUUGUUGGUGCAGUUGGGACAAAACUACAGGUUCACACUUAGAGAACUGUGAUAAUUAGGUUCUGAACUACAGCAAAAUACAACAGAAAAACAGCUUAUACAUUAGAAUCUCUCCGAGUUUAGUACGGGUAACAAACUGUGGAACGUCAACAUUUGUUGAAAUCAUAUAAAUUGCUAGAAGAUCAACCGUUCUAAUGACUAUUUACAAACAUUCAGAACAUUGUAAUAAGCAUUUUUGGUGCCCAAAUUAUUUCUGUGAUUAUGAUUACAGUUUCAUACAAAGCACGUCAAGAUAGUUAUAUCUAUGAAACACAUCCCAUCGAUUGCACACAACUUGUAUUACUAUACUGUACAUGUAGACCUUGUAUCAUUAUAAUGAUGGCAGUCAUAUUAAUAUAGUAUCAGAUUCUUUCAUUUGUCACGCAUUUGUGAUGUAAUGUUGUAUUCACAGACAUCCCACAUUUAAAACAUUAAGAUAUUGAUUGUCAUUAAUGUACAAAGAUGGUAGAAUGCAAAUACAGCUGUGUAUCGACAGUGAUUUCUACUGUUGUGUUUACAGAUGUGUUGUAGGAGCUCGACAGUAAACGCCUGUUAUUGUAGGUUGUGUUAUUGAAUUUAUAUGUGUAUGUUGAUGAUGUAUUAAAUCCGAUUUAAAAAUAAAUUCUCAAAUUAUGAUGAUGACCUCUUUAAGAAAUGCCUUUGGACUGAUGUAGAUCAGAACACCUCCUGGAGAUUUUAUAUUGAUGGGCCAUUCAAUUUAUAUGGGGUUUUGAUAGUACUGUCACCAAUACCAUCGUACGUAUAGUAGGAACAGAUCCCUGACGAAUGGCCAGUCACUGUUGUAGUAGUCCCAUAUUUGCAUACAGCUAACCAGUUGUCGACUAGAAACCCUGAAAUUCAAAUUAAUUUAUAAUCAAAACCUGAAACUCAAUUUUUGUCUUUUUUCUCUUUUUUUUUUUAAAGAGAGAGCUGUAAUUAAAAAUUGAGAAGUGGCCUGUAUCUAUAUCCUAGGAUAUGUGACUCCUGUGCUUUUUGUCUGGCUGGUUCAUCUGAUCUCCCUUAAAAAUGAAUGGCACUUAAGCUCUUCGUACAAGAUAUAUCCCGAAGCGUCGGAUAUCUAACCCGUAACACAUAUAUAGCAUGGAACCAAGACUGUUUUAUGUACAAAUCUUGUGUAUUCUAUGCUAAAAAUGUAAAAAAAAGCUUUAUAAACCUAUUCACCAUGACUGAAGAAAUAGGUCUGCUUCUGAUUGUAGGACCCAAUCUAGACAGCAAAUUUUAAUACUAUUAGGUGAACAUCAGGCUUGCAUUUAUGAAUUUAAAGAAAAGUUUGAUGACCUCCAAUUAAGUGAAUGGCAACAUUUAAUCUGUCAAAAGAGGUUUUAAAAAGGGUACUGUUGUAAAAAGAACAGUGGAAAUUGAAUGAAAUUUAAAUGUUCAGUAUGUAAUUUUCCGGGAUGUCUAGUAUAGGACGUGUAUGAUGUACCUUAUGUUAGCCAUUUUUUAUAAACAUAAAUAUAAGGUUGAUCACUAAAACUUAUAUAAGCUUACUAAAUGUAUAUCUUAAGACUUAAAUAUGAAUUGGAAUAUAAUGUUCCAGGUUACAUGCUAUUCACAUUUAUAUGGAACAAGAUUUGUUCUUAUCAUAUACAUACAGUGUAUAUAUUGGACAUUUAAUAAGCUAAGAGUCUGGAGGAAAUGUUUCUGUCAGGAGGCCGAGUGCAAUCUAUAUAUGAAUACAGAGGUAUAUCGAUAUAUAUAAAUGUAUCCCACAUGUAUUAUUGUACGUCAGAGAUUUGUGUGUUUUCCACUUCCUUCUGUCGUUCAUGUUGUAUCGUCAUUUAUCUUUUGUGUGUAACUCACAAUCUCUGUCAACAAGUCAUCUUGCAUUAAACAUUCAAAAAAGA